UGCAGCAGUGCGUCCAGCGCGGGCGUUAUCAGCAGCUUUUGCUCCACACGGUGCCACCGAUAAGGAGACAAAUGCGAGUGUGUCCAUGCCGAAAGCAACAGUGUUAUCCACGAAAGCGCCAUGGAUAAUCCGUGCUGAAAAUCAGGAAAAUGAUGCGAUCGAAGAACAGCGGCAAGGCGAAGGAAGUGGUGCGUCUCAAGUCGGAGGACAUCGGCGCACCCUUGAAUUUCAGUCAUGUUGUGCACGUUGCGCCCCGGCCUUUGGUCUCUGUCAACCUGGAAGACCCACACAUCCAAGCCUUUUUGAAGCAGGCUGGAGUGACUGAGGACCAAUUAUCGAAUUUGGCUGUUUACGAGACUAUUGUCAACUUCAUUCAAGUGCACGGCGUUGAAAAUGUGAAGAAAGAGGUGGAUGAGGCUGCGAGCGAUGUGGUCGACGCGCCCGAAGAUAACAAAAGCGGAGCGAGGCAGCAGGAAGUCGAGGGCGGAAACGCGAGACAAGAUGCAAGCUCCAGUUUCUUAUCAAGGCUGCUUUUCAGAGGAAGGAAAAAGUCGAACGUUGAUAGUGCGGGCGUUGUCGUGGAUGAGAGCAAAGAGGAAAUCAGGGAGGCGGCGAGUCACCGAAUUGAGGUGGAAACAGUCGAGGCUGUCGAGAAGGAAAUCGACGAAGGCGAAAAACUGCUGGAACACGGAGAAGAAGAAUUUGGAGAAGUGAAGAAAAGGAAAAAGCGAUUCUCGUUCAUGAAGAAGGAUGCAGACGCGACGCAGGAGGAGCAGAAGAGCGAGGAGAGUAAAGGAUCGUUCUUUAGCCGGCACUGGGGAAAAAAUAAGCAGGAGGACACGGAUGAAACGAAAAAGCCCAAAGCCGAGGAAGUGCCGCCGGCUGAGCCAAAGAAGUCCGCCGGGAUUUUCAAGUUGAAUUUGAAAAAGACGAGAGCAAGUAGCAGCAGUUCGAGUGCGAGCGACAUCGAAGAGACGAUAAAUCUAAAGCCGGACGGCGAUGAAGACGAAAUCCGAGUGGAGCCAGCUGCCAAGCCGCAGAAGAAGCAUCUCACCUUCUUUAAAAGCAAGACUAAAAGGUCUGCCUCGGCGGACGAGCUGCAGCAAUUCGAUAAAGUGCCGGACGAGGAGGAUAAAGAUGCCAGCAGUGAUGACGAAGGGAAGAAAAAACACGUCAAGAGGGAUUUCUUCAAGUUUAAAAGCAAGAAAGCCGUCGCAGUAGAAGUUCACCAAGAAUCCGCCGUUGUUGUUCAAGAAGAACCUGCUGAUCAACACGAAAUUGUCGUUCAUCAAUCCUCUGAAGAAGGUGACGAGAAGGAGCCAGACUAUGCACAGGUGCAGAAGACUUCAAAGUUGUUUGGCUUUGGUAAAGGUCCGAAAAAUAAAAAAGAACCAGCGCCAGAGGCGGAAAAAGAGUACGACAAACUGGAGAACGGAGAGGAGGAAAAAUUCGACGAAGUGUUUAAGAAAGAGGCGGAAAAUGCGUCUAAGCUGAACAUUAUACCGAGUUUUUCUAAAAAAGAAAGCUCAAAAAGGAAGAAGAAAAAUUCGGACGCGUCAAAAAAAGACAAACGCUCGUCUCUGGAGAAAACCUCGACCGGCAGUGGCUUUUUCAGUUUCGGCAGCUCAAAGCAAAAGAAAGAGCCGGCGGAUCAAACUAAAGUGCCUGAAGCACCACGCAGCUCGUUACCCGAGGAGAACAAACAAAAGCUACGCAAGUACAAGGUGAAACGUUUAGCUGAAAUUUCGAGCGCGUCACUGCAGUCUGCCGGCGACGCCUCCUCGUCGGACGAACAAGAAGGUGCGAAGCAGUCCAAGAGGUCGCGAAAGCCGAGAAAAACGAGCAAAACUGAGACGGACAAAAAGCAGCAGGCCUCCUCCGACGAGGAGCAGAUUGGAAUGUUUAAGCGAAUCUUCUCUAGGAGGUCAGCCUCAGAAUCAAGAAUUUCAAAAAAAGAAAAGGAGAAGAAGCGGCGGAGCAGUGUCGACGCGGUUCUCGUCACCAAGGUCGCUGAAAGUCUGCAAACCGAGCCGGCGGAGACGGUUGUGGCCGAGGAAAAAGCGAUUGUCGAUCCUAUAUACGAGAAUUUUCCUCCGAAAAUCGAGCCAGACAAGUCAACCGACGAGGAAGCGGAUGAGUAUUUUGCCCAGUACCACCAAGAGCUGCGCGACAUCACGCACACUAGGCGUUCGUGGUCUUUCGUGAUGGCCGAGCUGAAGGAGAAAAUAACGAGUACCGAGGAAAAUCUGACCGAGGAGCCGCUAGUAUUCCAAAUGAGAACAGUCGAGGACGAGGAAAACCAAACGCAGGUUCAGCAUUUUAAACCCGACAGACGCAGCUCGUCCUCUUCAUCCUCCGAGGACCCGCUGGAGCAAAUCAAACGGUCUGUCGAAAAGCUGGACGAGGAGUUCUCCCGAAAGGCCAAGGAUGGGGUGGCGGCUCUGCAGCAGGUCGAGCCAGACGAGGAUCCAGGGUAUGUGAACGUUGAAGAAUCGCAACAAUUACUACUGCAACUUCCGCAACAACAGAUUCAAGAUCAGGAGCAGCCUGAAGAGGCCGCACCCCAGAAAGAGAGCCGCAGACCACACCUCCCCUUACCAACCCGGUCAAGGUCUUUCGACGUCACCUCUUCUUCUUCGUCAGAGGAAGAAUGCUAUACCACUCCGGUGGACACCUCUCUGGCAGUUGUGACUUCGCCGUCGUCCUCAGAACAAAGAACCCUUUCUGACUCCAUAGAGCCAGACUCUCUGGAGGCGAAAACCUACUCGGACAGCGUCCAGUCUCCUUUGUCCCGCGUGAGCUCCAUCAGCCAGGACUCUCUGGACAGCAACCAAGAAAAGAACGACAACGAGGGUGAUGUGACCCUCAGAAGCAGCUCCGGCAAGACGCCCUUGCGGCAGAGCAGCAGCCUGCUGUCCAACUCAGAGUCGCGUCCGCUGUCCGACUGCCAUCUAAAGCUGGCGGACAACACCAUCAGCCUGAGCGAGGAACUCCCGCAGAUUACCGAAGUGGUGGUCAAGUCGGGAAGCCCCUUAAAGCGCUCUAGCCGCGUAUCAAAGCGUCCGUCGUCCUCCAUGUCGUCGUCCAACGAGGAAAGCAGCUCGCUUCCCACGUCACCCGUGCAGAAGGUGCCGGUGCUGGAGCCCGUGAUUCAAAAAGAGGAGAAGAAGCAAUCGACGUCAUCAUCCAGCUCUUUCUGCUCCUCCUCUUCAAAGGGGGACAGCAUCCCUUCGUCCACGGAGGACCUGGCGCAGACCAAGCAGCAGGGCAGUGACAAAGAGAAUGUGGAAAUUCGAAUGGAACUUGCGAAUGACGACGUCUUCAUGCCAGAGGAAAGGGAGACGGAGUCAUUGCAGGGCAAGCGAAUGAGUGUCGAAAGGAAUGCCAGCUAUCAUCGAGCCGUGGAGAAAUCCGGCAGCCUGCCACUCCCGCGAAAAAACGGACAGCCAGGGAGACGCAGCUCAAGCAACGCGUCUCGCAUACCCAGGCCGAUUUUGAAAAAGCCCCGCAGGCGAACAGUGGACAACUGGCCCUCACACAAAGUCACAGAACUCUGAGAAAUGGAUUUUGAACCUUGUUUUAUACUGCUUUUAAGUCAAAUGACUGUGUAAUUUUUAUCCUGUCUGUGUUUUCAUGAUAAUAUAUAAAUUUCUGAGCCGUGAA